AUGGAAUUGAUGCAGAUCACUCCGCCGAGCUAUCCGGUCAAUCUUAUUGCAAAAGAUUGGUCGGAACGGCCUUUGUACCUAGCGUCGCCCAUGAGAGAAUUCCCAGCAAUGAUACACGACAUGGAAGUGCUACCUGACGAUGUUUGGCUAGUUUCCUAUCCGAAAACAGGCACCACCUGGUUACAAGAGAUGCUUUGGUUACUCUUGAACGGCUUGGAUUUUACAGCUGCCUUAUCUAAAGACUUAGAACUACGUUCGCCCUACUUGGAAUUUGAUUUUAUGCUGCAUAGAGAUGAGCAGCGUGCGCUCAAUCCAGUGCUAGAGCUGCCGCGACCGCGACUCAUUAAAACUCAUCUGUCUCUUGCGUUUUUACCUGCCCAACUCUGGCAAGGAAAAGGUAAAGUUGUCUACAUCUUUCGCAAUCCUAUAGAUGCGUGGGUAUCCGCCUAUUAUCAUUUGGUAACAAGUGGCUUUAUACACGGCAAAACUGUGGAGCAGUAUUUGGAUCAAAGACUCGAUACUGAGCUACCCAAAAAAGCUGCGCUUGAUCAUGCUGCCGAGUUUUAUCAGCUACGUAACGAGCCUUGGGUUUAUUAUACGUCAUAUGAGCGCAUGAAGUCGAAUCUGCGUGGGGUUGUUGAGGAUCUCUGCCAGUUUUUAAAUAAAACUGUAACGGAACAGCAAAUGGAACGACUGCUAAAGCAUCUGUCCUUUGAAGAAAUGAAAAAAAACCCAACUACAAAUCAUCGGUGGGAGCAUGCGCAACGCCCAAAGCCCAACAACAAUAACAAAGAAGUGUACAAUUUUAUACGCCGCGGUAAAGUUGGUGGCUACAAAGAUGUCCUCUCGCCUCAGCUGAUUGACAAGGCAAAUGAGUAUAUCGAACAAAGAUUGCAAGCAAAUAAUGUGACUCUAGCACAGUUGCUGCUCUUGGAUGAUGACAAUGUUAAAGAAAGCUAACAAUAUACAAUAAAUGCUUGUUGCUCUUAUCUGUUUAGUUCGUCUUGCUGCAGCUUUUAAUGCCUAAGCGUAAUAAACAAAAGAGCGCAGAGACAAGCGCUCAACUCAUAGAA